CCAUUUAAGUAGAUUGGCUAAAGGCCCAACAAACUCAUUUAUCAGUCGAAAGCGAGUCGAACCUCGUGAACUUAGCGCAAUCAGUUCGCACCGCUUGCCAUAGCAUUGCAGCGACACUGACACUGGCACUGACACUUGUUGACAGGCCCUCAACAGUUCCGCGAACAGACUCGGAAAAUAACGGAAGCAAGCGAUAACAAACGAGUAUAUGGAAAGGUCGACCACCAAGUUGCCUCAUAUUAUUAGCAGGAAGUUCAAAGCGCGAAAACUUCUUCUUGUGAGCUGGUAGAAGAAUAAAGACACAAAAAAAAAAAUUAAGAAUUCAUAUUUGCUUAACUGUAUCGAGUAGCGGAGGCAACAAAGUUUUAAUGCUUCAAUUGUUGUGUUCUUUUGUGUUGACUUUUCACCAAAACAAGUGUUUCAGUUAUCCGCUUAAUUCAACGCAAUCGUAUUUGCAUAAUAUUUAAUGCUGUCUUGUUGUCUCUUAUAUUAUCUGCAAAUUAUCUGCGUUGUCUUUAUCAGUCGAAUCUGUCGCAAGUAAAAAUACGCGCGUGUGUGCUUUGUGCGAUUUAGUAAAACACUUAUCUAAAAACAGUAUUAGUAACGGUGAGUUAGACGUUCAUCAACCCGACGAUCCCAGCGACGAUCAGUCGUUAUUGUUUCUUGUCGGCGUAACGGUAGUGAGUGAAAUGUCGCGCAAAAGAACGCUGAUCUGCAGUAUCGUGCUACUUUGUCUGCUAAGUGGCAACCAUGGUGUCUUAGCGCUCUUUGAGGGCUGCGAUAGCACUUUUCAAAUAAAUCCCGGCACCACCUAUUUGCAAUCUCCAUAUUAUCCCAACACAUAUCCUCCAUGGACGUCCUGCCGCUAUCAAAUUAUUGCACCAGUGGACUAUACCAUCGAAGCCAAUUGCACCAUCGAUUUGCCCAGUAAUGCCGGUCAAUGCACAACGGAACAUUUUUAUGUGAGCACCGAAGGCGAUCCGCAACUUCGCGAUUCGGAACAGUUCUGCGGCCAAGGCACAUUUACUCGUGUCUCCUUAUUUCGUAAGCUAACUUUGGCGUACGCCUCUUAUGGAAAUACGGGCAGAUUCCUGUGUUCGUUAACGAUACGACCGCAGCAAUGCGAAUGUGGUUGGUCGACGUCCACCAAAAUCGCGAAUGGGCAGGAAGUCGGCACUAAUGAGUUCCCAUUUAUGGUCGGGCUGCAAAAUUUGGCAUCUAGCACGGACAUUUUUUGUGGCGGCACCAUUAUCUCGCAUUUCCACAUAAUCACCGCCGCUCACUGCGCUAGGAUUCAACCGGACGCCUCUCAAAUCAUAGCGCACGUUGGCUUCACACAAAUAUCGACACUGAACAAUUCCCGUUAUGCGGCAGCUUACCGUAUUCGAAGUAUAACUAUACAUCCAGGCUACACGGAUGAUCCGCCCGUUAAUGACAUCAGUGUGCUGGUAACCAAUAUAUUGAUUGAAUGGGAACGCGGCGUUGGUCCGAUCUGCCUUCCACCAGCUGGUUCAUCGACCUUUGCUUACCAAACCGUGGACGUUGCCGGUUGGGGAACCGAAAGCUUUGCCGGUCCGACCACAGAUGCACUAAUGAAAGCUAAUCUUAUGGUGGUCGAGAAUUCUGUGUGUCAGGAAAAGUACGAUGUGCCAAUUUAUUCCUCUCAAAUCUGCACCACGGACUACUCUGGCCAAGGCCGUGAUGCAUGUCAGUAUGACUCCGGCGGUCCAGUGGUGUGGCGCAGUUCACGCAUGUUUCUCGUUGGCUGCAUUAGCUUUGGCCAGGCCUGCGGUCAGCCGUAUGGCACCGGUGUGAAUACGCGCAUAACCUACUUUUUGAACUGGAUUCAGCAAGUAACGGGUUACACGACCUGCGUGAAACCACUGGGCUAAUACUGUUAAGAUAACCGCAUCAAUUACUGUGAAAAUAAAUAUAUAUUAUAUACAUACAU